CGAUUUGUUCUUUUCUUUCUCUUUUUUUUCUAAACACAAAUCGUUUUUUUGUUUUUGCAGUAUUAUUUAAGCAAAACCCUGCAUUUCUAAGCUUCGCUGCCCAUCCAUCCAUCUUUCUCUACGCAAAUCGUUCGUCAAGGAUUUAAUCUAAACAAUGGCUGAUGUUGAGGACAUUCAACCGCUUGUCUGCGAUAAUGGAACAGGAAUGGUGAAGGCUGGCUUUGCUGGAGAUGAUGCUCCUAGGGCUGUUUUUCCUAGUAUUGUUGGCCGUCCUCGUCACACUGGCGUAAUGGUUGGGAUGGGGCAGAAAGAUGCAUAUGUAGGAGAUGAGGCUCAAUCAAAAAGAGGUAUUUUGACAUUGAAAUAUCCUAUUGAGCAUGGAAUUGUUAGCAAUUGGGAUGACAUGGAGAAGAUCUGGCAUCAUACCUUCUACAAUGAGCUUCGUGUCGCUCCAGAAGAACAUCCAAUUCUUCUCACUGAGGCCCCUCUUAAUCCCAAAGCGAACAGAGAGAAAAUGACACAAAUCAUGUUUGAAACUUUUGAUGUCCCCGCCAUGUAUGUUGCUAUUCAAGCUGUCCUCUCCCUUUAUGCUAGCGGGCGUACCACAGGGAUCGUAUUGGAUUCUGGAGAUGGUGUUAGUCAUACAGUGCCAAUCUACGAGGGAUAUGCCCUUCCACAUGCUAUCCUUCGUCUUGACCUUGCUGGAAGAGACCUGACAGAUUGCCUCAUGAAGAUUCUCACAGAGAGAGGAUACUCCUUCACAACCAGUGCUGAGCGAGAAAUUGUCCGUGACAUCAAGGAGAAGCUUGCGUAUGUGGCACUCGACUAUGAGCAAGAACUUGAGACUGCUAAGACAAGUUCAGCAGUUGAGAAGACCUAUGAACUGCCUGAUGGGCAGGUCAUCACCAUCGGGGCAGAGCGCUUCCGAUGCCCGGAGGUGCUCUUCCAGCCUUCACUUAUCGGUAUGGAAUCCGCAGGCAUUCAUGAAACUACAUAUCAGUCCAUCAUGAAGUGUGAUGUAGAUAUACGACGAGAUUUGUACGGGAAUGUUGUUCUAAGUGGCGGGUCGACAAUGUUCCCUGGCAUAGCGGAUAGGAUGAACAAGGAGAUCACUGCAUUGGCCCCCAACAGCAUGAAGAUAAAGGUUGUGGCUCCACCUGAAAGGAAGUAUAGUGUUUGGAUUGGAGGGUCUAUCUUGGCUUCUUUGAGCACAUUCCAACAGAUGUGGAUAUCGAAAGCAGAAUACGAAGAAUCGGGUCCUGCGAUUGUCCAUCGGAAGUGUUUUUAGAUGCUUUGCCUUUUUUGAUUAUACAUUAUGAUGUGUUCUUAGGAAGAUGAUAGCUGUUUGUUCUGUAUUGUUUUGUUUUUCUUUCGUAAGGGAUGUUGAUGGUUUCCUUGUUGCAUCAGACUGUUGGGAUAUAUGAUACUUUAGGUAUGCUUAAUUGAAAGUGAAAUGUGUUUUAAUAAUAUGAAGAGCUGUUUUUUUUGUUUUAAU